UCGUUGUUUCGCUGAGACAUUUCGGGGGUGUCCCUCCUGCCUCCAAUUGCUUCACAAUUCUCUCUGCAAUUGGCCGAUGGAGCUGCCAGGGGCCUCCGAGGGAGUUUCCCCAAGAGCCAAAGAACUCCUCCGUCUCACAAUGCCCGCCUCUUCGAAAGUGAAAGUGAACAGAAGGGAAGCUGCCCAGGAUCCAAGUGCCUAAAAUGAACUGCGACCACAAACUGCCAUCGCACAGUGAACGAGACUCCGAAUGCAGAACUGGUAUAAACCAACUUCCCCUCAACGCCUGCACCAAAUAUUCACCUUGACUUGUAGGCACUGACGCGGUUGCACAAUGUCUGGACACGGGGCAAUGAGAGAUCAGUAACCUAAAGUUUGAUGAUAUGAAGCUGCAGCCAGUUUCGGUGAUCCUUUGACCUUUUAUUCAGAAGAUUUCGGAAGCAGAAGAGGGACAGCUAAUAAAGGACUGAAGAAUAAAAGUUUGAUUCCACAUUUGAAGAAUGAAAAUGUAUUUCCAGACUAUCAUCUUGUACUUUAAAUUUGCAAUAUUAUAUCACGGUGCUACAGCCUCUGGAACUCAAUGUAAAAUACAGGGUCUGGUUGCGGAUUGUGGACACUUAAAGCUCUCAAGCAUCCCUUCAGACCUUCCAGUCAACAUCACAGUGCUAAAUCUCUCCCAUAACCAGCUGAAGCACUUGUCAGCUUCUACACUGUCUCAGUACAGUCAGCUUCAAGUUUUGAAUGCUGGCUAUAAUGUCAUCACUAAAGUCGAAGAAAACCUAUGCAAAGCUCUUCCGUUCCUGCAAAUGCUGGGGCUUGAACACAAUCAGUUCUCUCAUUUGUCCGUACAUUACUUCUCGUACUGCAGCAACCUGACUGAGCUGUACAUACAAUUCAAUCGAAUCAAGGAGAUCACAGGCAAUCCUUUCACAAACCUUCAGGAAUUGACAGUCCUGGAUGUGUCUCACAAUAAAUUGGUUUCCGCAAAACUGGGAACUGAGCUGCAGUUGCAAAAGCUGCAAAGGUUGGCGCUGUCUGCAAACAAAAUCACACAGUUAAAGAAUGACGAUUUUGAUUUCCUCAACGGCAGCACGCUGUACCAGCUGGAUUUGUCGUCCAACAGCAUCACUGAG